AUGGACCCGUUUUCGUCUUUGACUUUCGGCAGAUCGCUUUCAGUGCGAGUUGACGGUGCCAUUGGCGCCAUGACACUUUCUCCCAACGGCCGUGAUGCAGUCCUUGCUGGUCGUAGGGGUCUCUUUAUCAUAGAUCUCGAAGAUCCCUUCACCACUCCUCGUUGGCUCCACCAUAUUACUUCAUGGGAGGUCGCUGACGUUCAAUGGUCUCCCCACCAGUCGAAGCCAUCAUGGUGUAUAUCGACCUCCAACCAAAAAGCCCUCCUUUGGGACCUCGCCAGACCAUCCAACAAUGCCAUAGCUAACGUUCUACACCAGCACACUCGUGCAAUCACCGAUAUUAACUUUCAUCCUUAUGAUCCAGAACUGCUUGCAACAUGUUCUAUAGACACUUUUGUUCUACGAUGGGACAUGAGAACUCCUCGAAAACCCGUGGCCCAGUGGGCGGAAUGGCGUGCUGGGGCAACUCAGGUCAAGUGGAACCAUGAAAAUCCAUGGGAAGUAGCCUCGAGUCAUGACAAUGGUUUUUGUGUGUGGGACUCUCGAAAAGAUGCUCUUCCCAUAGUUAAGGUCCAAAACGCCCACGGGGGAAAGAUCAAUGGCCUAGACUUCACAUUGGGAGUGAACAGCUUUGUCACUUGUAGCAAUGACAAAAAGGUAAAGUUCUGGAAUUUGAGCGGAGAUCCACCAUAUGCCCCAUCAGUGGUCAUUACAGCUGAUUACCCUAUAGCCCGUGCUCGUCCUCUUCCAUUCGGACGCGAGCGAGUGGUUGGACUCAUGCCGCUCCGCGGAGGCGACAAUUCUGUCCACAUAGUCAACUACGAUACCUCAUUUCACUCGAGCAUAGAUACUGGUACUACUCAGUAUAUUCAAGCAGAUCCCGCAUAUUCGUUUAAGGGACAUACUGCGCCAAUCAAGGACUUUUUAUGGAGAACUAGACAUGAAAACUACAAUGGCUUCACAUCAAGUAAUCGCUGGAAGGACUAUCAGCUUGUUACCUGGGGACAGGAUUACGACCUCAAGUUGUGGCCUAAAGAUGACGAACUUUACACAGCUGCAAAUUACAACCCUACUCACCAGCGCAUCAUUGGAACAAUUGCAGAAGAAGAAGAUUCACCUCUCGACCAGAGUUCCAAAAGAUCGCUGUCACCUCUGGCUUCGUCUCCUGGAGAAGAAAAGCCUAAUCCGCAUCAAAAGGCAUUAUUGUCGUACGACACAUUCUGCGUGGAGCCGCCUGUAUCUCUUCAAGACUUGAUAAAGAAAAAUAAUGGUGAUAAGCUUUCUGCACUUACACUUUUUGAACUAUCAAAGCGCAAUCUUAACAAUACGUCCAAGUCUACUCUUGCAACUAACAAUCUAGACUGGAUAUCAGGUGUCCGAAUGGGCCAUGCGGGCCAUGGUACAAAUCGUGAAAGAGACGGAAGUCCUUUGAAUCUUGGAGAAGAAGUGAGUAUUGUUGGACACAAGUUCCCGAAAGUGCGAUUCGAAAAAAUAUCCGUU